AUGCGUACAGUGCGUACAGAAGAGAAUAUUGCGUCUGUUUCUGAGAGUGUUGCUGAAGACCAUGAAAUGUCUAUUCGUCGCCACUCGCAGCAAUUGGGUUUGUGUUAUUCGACCACAUGGAAGAUUUUACGCAAAGAUCUUGGUGUAAAACCGUAUAAAAUACAGCUCCUGCAAGAACUGAAGCCGAACGAUCUGCCACAACGUCGAAUUUUCAGUGAAUGGGCCCUAGAAAAGUUGGCAGAAAAUCCGCUUUUUUAUCAACAAAUUUUGUUCAGCGAUGAGGCUCAUUUCUGGUUGAAUGGCUACGUAAAUAAGCAAAAUUGCCGCAUUUGGAGUGAAGAGCAACCAGAAGCCGUUCAAGAACUGCCCAUGCAUCCCAAAAAAUGCACUGUUUGGUGUGGUUUGUACGCUGGUGGAAUCAUUGGACCAUAUUUUUUCAAAGAUGCUGUUGGACGCAAUGUUACAGUGAAUGGCGAUCGCUAUCGUUCGAUGCUAACAAACUUUUUGUUGCCAAAAUGGAAGAACUGA